UUUCGCUGACGUGCUGCUCAUUUGUGCUUGCUGGAGAGCAGAGGUCUGUGACACUACCUUCCCCGUGAGUAGACUCAGGCUCUGCCCCACCCCUCCCUCCCCGCCCUACACGAUGUCCGAGAAACCCGAUCUCCCCGUGGGUUACCUGGGUAGCCAGCCAAAGUUCGGUGAACUCAAUCUCCAAACCCUAACCCACGACAGUCCGGAAUUUUCCGUGGACAACAAUGGGGAACUGGAAAUUAAGUUCAAAGCUCCAAAGCCGGUCAAGGUAACCACUAACCUAAUCAACUGCCGAAGCGACAAGGAAGUCACGGAGUACGUCUUCACACAAACCAAAGACAAGGAGCUUCACUUUGUCCUUGUGUUCCCUGAAGCCGGCUACUUCAAAUUCCAGAUCUUCGCCCUAGACGCCUCGGACGAGAGCAAGUCCCUCCCCAACGUCUACAACUAUUUAAUCAACGUCAAGGAGGCGCAGAAAGCCGCCUACGCCUUCCCCAAGCAGUACGCCCAAUGGAAAGAUGGAUGCUACCUGUACUCACCUUUAGUGCUCAACGCCAAGACCAGCCUGGCCAAGGUAGAGUUCAAGGUUUUUAUCCCCAAUGCCAAGGCCGUGGCCGCCGUAGCAGCGGGGGAGUGGUUCCACUUGACCAAAAAGGGCGACAACUGGGAGGGGACUGCAGCCCUGAGCAAGCACCGCGGGAAAGAUGUCAAGGUCACGCUGAACGCCAACUACGGCGCAGACGAGUCCAAGUACGCCACCUUGCUGGAGUACAUUAUCUAAUCGGCCUUGACCUUUCUGUAAACUGUACACUGUCUGUAUUUACCACUCACUAAUCAAGUGCAAUAACAGAAUGAAUGGAUGUGUCUUACAGCUUUACAAUCGAACUUUUUUUAUUUGCCUGUAUGACUUCUCUUUAACAUAAGUCAGUUUUUUUUAGUCGCGCUAUACACCAAGUCAAGUAUUUGCUAAGUCAAGUACUUCGUGAAUCACUUGGCUACCUUCGCAAUAAAUGUACUAGAGUGAAUGUUACAGAAGGAAAAAAAAAAUUCUUGGAAUUGUUUCCCCUUCUGUGUGUGGCAGAGUGAAGGGAGUGGCAUAAAAGUGUGUAUGGAUCUGUAGGUAGCCAGUACAUAUUGAAUACCUGUAUGGAUCUGUAGGUAGCCAGUACAUAUUGAAUACCUGUAUGGAUCUGUAGGUAGCCAGUACAUAUUGAAUACCUGUACGGAUCUGUAGGUAGCCAGUACAUAUUGAAUACCUGUAUGUAUCUGUAGGUAGCCAGUACAUAUUGAAUACCUGUACGGAUCUGUAGGUAGCCAGUACAUAUUGAAUACCUGUACGGAUCUGUAGGUAGCCAGUACAUAUUGAAUACCUGUAUGGAUCUGUAGGUAGCCAGUACAUAUUGAAUACCUGUACGGAUCUCUAGCCGUAAUUGAUAUCUGCAUUAAAUAAUUUUUGCUCAUUAAAAUCUGCUGUUUUUUCCACAAA